UAACAAAUAAAACUGAGAAACGGAUAAAUUUCAUUGUUCACAGAGGACGCUCGAUUGCCAACGACACAUCGGUGCAGACGCUAUUUAUGAACAUCACCGCCAUGCACUCGCGGCUGCUGCGGUACAUACAGCAACAAGAUGACAAGAGGGUUUAUCUAGAGAGUUUGCAGGAUAAAGUAAAUCAAGUGCGCGAUAGCCGCGCGGCUUUAGACACACUACGCGCAGAACAUACGGCGCGCUUAGCUGCGCAGGCGGAAGCGGCCGAACGACAACGGCAGAUGCAAAUGGCCGCCAAGCUGCAGGCCAUGCGGAAGAAGAAACAUGAGUAUCUGCAAUAUCAGAGACAACUUGCUUUACAAAGAGUACAGGAACAAGAAAGAGAAAUGCAGAUGAGACAGGAACAACAAAAGCAUCAAUACAUGAUGUCAGCAAACAGCUACUACAUGCCUGGUGUUUCUAUGCACCAGUAUCAGCCUGGCUAUUCCACGCAGCCGAUGUAUGCCAAUCCACAAUUCCAUCCCCAGAUGAUGCCUCAAUCUACCACCGACGCCUCUAUGUCACUACCAGGCCAACCGCAAAUGUCACAAGCAAGUAUCCUCAACUCAAUGGGGGGUAUCUCUCAAUCUAUGCCUCAGCUUCCUAACACCUAUGCGAUGACGACCUCCGGCAUGACCGUCAGCCAAACGCCCAUGACACAAGCUGCAAUGAACCAACCCAAUAUGCGACCAGCUAUGAGCCAACAGUUGCCACUGCAGCAACAAAUGAUGUUGCAGCAGAUGCACCAGAUGAGAAUGUCUGGCCAGCCUGGCUUGCAUCAGAUGAUGCCGCAAAAUAUGACGAAUGGUCCCCCUGGGCAAAGUAAUAUUCCCCAGCAAAACGGCCAAAACCAACAAUUGCAGAAACAAAACAUGCCAAAUCAGCCUCAACAGCCUAAUAUCAUGAUGCCACCCAUGACAUCACAACAACAAAGCAUUGGUCAAUCUAUAAUGAUAGCCACCAACCCAAUGCUAGGUAUGCAAAUGCAGAACAUGAGAUUGCCCAUGAUCCAUGGAAAUCAACCAAAUCCUAACCAGCAAAUCCCUGUUUUUCCUGGAGGUAUGCAGAACCAACAAAAUGCUCAACAACCGGGUUCCCAAAUUCCAAACAUGCAACAGCCCUCUCAGGUAGCCUUACCUUCGCAGCAAAUGCAGAUACCUGGUCAACCACAGGGUAUGCCUAUGCCAAACAAUAUUUCUCAAGGCCCACAAGGGCCUCAACCACAGGGACAACCUAUGCAACCUAUGCAGCAUUCUCAAGUGCAAUUAGUUCAAGGACAACCUAAUCUGCAGGGUCACCCUCAGAACCAACCUAUUUUAAUGCAAGGACAACAAAUGCAACCAGGCCAAAAUAUGCCGCAACAGAUGUUAAAUCAACCACAAAUGCAAGGACAGUUGCCGCCGGGGCACCAGACACAGUUGGUCUCAAACCAACAUGUCCCACCACAGAUGACGAUGGGACAAAUUGCGCAGUCUAUACCUCAGGGCCCACAGAUGCAAGGUCAGAUGCCACCUCAACAGCAAAUGCCACCUCAGCAGCAAAUGCCACCUCAACAGCAAAUACCUCCUCAGCGGCAAAUACCUCCUCAACAGCAAAUACCUCCUCAGCAGCAAAUGCCGCCGGGCCAACAAGUUCCUCACAAUAUACCAGGGCAGCCAAUGAAAGUACAGUCGCAGAAUUUUGGGAACAACCCCCCGUCCCAAGGGGCGGUAAAUCCUAAUCAACCGCAGGGACAGCAACCUCAGACGCCUGUUAAAUCUGAACAUAACAAUAACACGGCAGAACUAAUAUCCUUCGAUUGAGGUCAUGCUAGUCUGACCAUAGAGUUGAAAUAUUCGUAAUGACUGGUAGCGCCUGCUCCGUUGUACGUAACUUAAACGAUUGUAUGCAAUAAUUUGUCCUUAGAGUUUAGUGAUGAUGAUUCAUAAGAGUUUUAAAACCAAAAUGUUAAUGUUAUAAAAUAAUGGUUUUGAUAAUAAUAUUAAUAAUGUUUCAAGCUUUUUGAACAAAUAUUUAUGUAGUCAAGCAAUUUACAGCACUGCUGGCUUGAUGGUAAAUUAAUGGAAGAUAGGAGUGUCUGUCAGGAUGGCUGG